CGUUGCAAUUGUAAAACACGUCUCACAAAAGUUAGUCAAUCCCAUACACAAAAAAGUUUUUCCUAAAUUGGAUCCAAUUUUUUUCUGAAGUUUACAAAUAAAUACUGACCAAUUUCAAGUUAAUAUUCAAAUUUGAUUCCAAAACUUGAUAUUUAAAGCUAAUUUUUGAUCUAUAUUAAGUCCUAUUAUCAGUCAAUUUGUUUGUUGAACAAAUAGAUAUAAAGAAUUUCAUUCGUUCAUUUACUUUAAAUAUUUUUUAAUUAAAAGAUAAACGCUCAUUACUUUAUAUAAUUAAUUAAUAAUAUGUGUGGUAUCUUUGGUUAUAUAAACUUCUUAGUUGAUAAGACUAGAGGUGAAAUUAUUGAUACACUUGUUGAUGGUCUUGAAAAAUUAGAAUAUAGAGGUUAUGAUUCAGCUGGUAUUUCAGUUGAUGGUGAUAAAAAGGGUGAAUGUAUUAUUGUUAAAUCUCCUGGUAAAGUUGAAGUUUUAAAGAAAUUAGUUGCUGAUCAAAAAGUUCCAAGAUCAACUGUUUUUGAUAAUCAUGUUGGUAUUGCUCAUACUAGAUGGGCAACUCAUGGUCCUGCAACUGUAAUUAAUUCUCAUCCUCAUAGAUCAGAUCCAACUGGUGAAUUUAUUAUUGUUCAUAAUGGUAUUAUUUCAAAUUAUAAUGAUUUAAGAACUUUAUUAUUAGCAAAGGGUUUCCAAUUUGAAUCUGAUACUGAUACUGAAGUUAUUGCCAAAUUAUUUAAACAUAUUUAUGAUUCUAAUUUAGAAGAAGGUCUUCAUCCAGAUUUAAAUCAAUUAACUAAAUUAGUAUUAUCAGAAUUAAAUGGUUCUUAUGGUUUAUUAGUUAAAUCAUCUCAUUUCCCAGGUGAAGCUUGUGGUGCUAGAAAGGGUUCUCCUUUAUUAGUUGGGGUUAAAACUGAAAGAAAAUUAAAGGUUGAUUUUGUUGAUGUUGAAUAUCCUGAAACUGAAACUACUAGUGGAUCUGCUGCUCCUCAAAAUGAUUUAGGUUUAUUACCAGUUGCUCAAGGUGAAUCUAAUUUAAGAACUUCUCAAUCAAGAGCUUUCUUUUCUGAAGAUUCUAUCCCAAUGCCAAUUGAAUUUUUCUUUGCAUCCGAUGCUGCUUCAAUAAUUAAACAUACUAAAAAAGUAUUAUAUUUACAAGAUGAUGAUAUUGCUCAUAUUUUUGAUGGUGAAUUACAUAUUCAUAGAGCUACUAAAAAGAAAAGUGAUGAAUCUACUACAAGAACCAUUGAAACUUUAGAAAUGGAAUUAAAUCAAAUUAUGAAGGGUCCUUAUCAACAUUUUAUGCAAAAGGAAAUUUUUGAACAAACUGAAUCUACUUUUAAUACUAUGAGAGGUAGAGUUGAUUUUGAUAAUCAUAAAAUAACUUUAGGUGGUUUAAAAUCUUGGUUACCAACUAUUAGAAGAUGUAGAAGAUUAAUUAUGAUUGCAUGUGGUACAUCAUAUCAUUCAUGUUUAGCAACAAGAUCAAUUUUUGAAGAAUUAACUGAUAUUCCAGUUUCUGUUGAAUUAGCUUCAGAUUUCCUCGAUAGAAAAUCUCCAGUUUUCAGAGAUGAUACAAUUAUUUUUGUAUCACAAUCUGGUGAAACUGCUGAUUCUAUUUUAGCUUUACAAUAUUGUUUAGAAAGAGGUGCAUUAACAGUUGGUAUUGUUAAUACUGUUGGUUCAUCAAUUUCUAGACAAACUCAUUGUGGUGUUCAUAUUAAUGCAGGACCAGAAAUUGGGGUAGCUUCAACUAAAGCUUAUACAUCACAAUAUAUUGCCUUAGUAAUGGUUGCAUUAUCUUUAUCUAAUGAUACUAUUUCAAAGAUUGAAAGACAUAGUGAAAUUAUUGAUGGUUUAAAGAAAAUUCCUGAUCAAAUUGCUAAAGUAUUAAAAUUAGAAGAUUCAAUUAAAUCUUUAUGUAAGAAUGAAUUAAAGGAUAAAAAAUCUUUAUUAUUAUUAGGUAGAGGAUUCCAAUUUGCUACUGCAUUAGAAGGUGCAUUAAAGAUUAAAGAAAUUACUUAUACUCAUGCUGAAGGUGUUUUAGCUGGUGAAUUAAAACAUGGAGUUUUAGCAUUAGUUGAUGAACAAUUACCAAUUAUUGCCUUUGCCACUAGAGAUUCAUUAUUUCCAAAUGUUAUGUCAGCAAUUGAACAAGUUACAGCUAGAAAGGGUAAACCAAUUCUUGUUUGUAAUGAAGGAGCUAAAAUAUUAAGUCAAGAUAAAGUUAUGACUACAUUAGAAGUUCCAGAAACUGUUGAUUGUUUACAAGGUUUAUUAAAUGUUAUUCCAGUUCAAUUAAUUAGUUAUUGGUUAGCAGUCGAUAGAGGUAUCAAUGUUGAUUUCCCAAGAAAUUUGGCUAAAUCAGUUACUGUUACUUAAACUUAAACAAGAGAAUUUAUUUAAACAUUUAUUUCUUCGAUUCAUAAAUUGAUUCAUCAUUUGGGUUCAAGUACUUAUAUAAUUAUACAUACGUUGUAUAAAACAUUUUAUAUUUAAUAUAUCUAUCAUUUAGUAAAAAUCGUGUAUGUACAAAAUAAAAAA